AUGAUGUUAAAGGAAGAAUCAUGUAAGACGAUUAAUCUUGCUGCCGCUUUAGGACUACAAGAAUGUUUCAACAGAUGUGCAACUCGAAUCAAUUAUAAGUUUUUUGACCACAAGUCUGCCGAUGGGACGGCAGCACAUUACGGAAUUGGUCAUAAAUGCAUUAUUGAGACAAUCGAAAAAAUGGUGAGCAAGAAAGAUUUCGCAGAGUUGAUGCAGCAUCCAAAUGACUUUAAAAUCACGCCAAUUCAUCUUUCUUUAAAAUAUGAGGAAGUUCUUCAUUAUUUACUGAUGAAUUAUCCGCAAUUUUAUGCAUCUGCAUACGCAUUCCCGCUUAUAAAAACGCUGUGUAACUUGAACAAAGAUGAUGCCGAUCGAUUUUCAAAGUAUCGCUUCCUUCGGAAAUUAUUUAUCAUCGCUUUUAGAGUUUGCAAAAUGAUGACAGCAGCGAACCCUGGAUUUGGUCUCAAUCGAUAG